GGGAGGGCUGGCAGUGACUGUAACUCAUCGUGUCAUGACUUGAAUAUGCGGGGCUGCCGUCUCCCUCUCGCUUGAAUAGGAACAGAGGAGCGUCUGUUGACAGGGGCAGGACUCUGGAAAAUAUGGUGGGAGUUGCAGAAUUUUAAGGGGGUAACGGGACAGAAGUGAUGCAGGGACCUAUGUGCAGUGCUUUAAGUCAGGAGAGGCGCUGCGAAACCUGCUGAAGUUGUUGUUGAUGAUGCUGUUUUGACGUAUUGGCAGCGAGACUGAUGACAGUUGACAGCCGCGCGAAAGUUCAAGGGCGAUCAAGUGCCAGGGAUUUCAGAGCCGUGCAGGCCGCUGCAGGGAUGGAUGGCGACGCGCACAGUCGACCACCUGACCGAAGGUACACCGAGAUCAUCGAAAAACAAAGCUCCUCCUCCUCCUCCUGUCCUGAAAGGCCUGGAUGCUUCAUUGUUGAGCCACAAACUCCCGGCGUACCCUCACCCUGCCAUGGACCAGAAGGAGAACCUGCUGGAGCAGGACCUCACUCUUACCGUGAUCCUUCCUGGAGGGGUGGAGAAGACCACGGUCGUCCAUGGCAGCAAGCCCAUGAUGGACCUGCUGGUCAUGCUAUGUGCGAAGUACCACCUGAACCCGUCCGGCCACACAAUAGAGCUCAUCACCACCAACAGGAACCAUGUGAAGUUCAAACCCAACGCUCCCAUCGGAGCACUAGAGGCUGAGAAGAUCCUGCUGAAACCGAAAGGCAUGGAAGAUAAAAGUAAAAAGACAGGACCACAGAUGCCUGAGGCAACCGUCCGAUUAGUGAUCAACUACAAGAAAACCCAGAAAACUAUUCUCAGGGUGAGUCCUCGGGUUCCUCUACGAGAACUGCUCCCAUCGAUCUGUGAGAAAUGUGAAUUCGACCCGCACACCACAGUUUUGUUACAAAACGUCCACUCAGAAGACACUUUGGACCUGAGCGGCUCCCUCAAUGACUUUGGCCUGAGGGAAGUGUAUGCAAGAGACACCAAAGUUAUAAGCCCUGUGAGUCCUAUUAGUCCAGUAAGUCUGCCUCCAUCUCCAACUCACUCAGAAAUAUUUUAUCAUGGGAAACAGAAAAUCCAGAAGGAGAAAGAUAAGAGGCGAUUCAGCUUAUUUCGGAAAGGAAGUAAGAAGCAGUCUGAACAGUCUAUGACCGUGAGUGCACCGGCAUCUCCAGUGCACAGGAAGCAGAGGCCGGUCAGCAUGAGUUCCUUCAGCGCGCAUUCAUCGAUUACAUACGAUUCCAACACCAUGCCCUCCGACAUGCCAAAGAAAAGACGAGCUCCGUUGCCGCCGAGCAUGAUGUCACAGAGCAUGCCUACCAACCUCGCUGAUCACCACACGCAUCCUGAUGGCAACCAGAACACGGCCCCUUUGAGCCGGGGAUCCUCGACAGACUCUUCCUUCAAGAAGUCCACCAAGAGGAAGGCCCCUCCGCCCCCCACCUCGAGCAGCGCAGCCCCUCCUGAUGAAACCACACAGGACAGAGGCAUAACAGAACCACCGUUGGCGUCUCCUCUGGAGGAGAUCAGAGAACAGGAAGAGAUGACUGUGAGCGCAGAAGGUCAGGUGGCCGCUGUGGAGGAGGAGAACCUGGAGGACGACAGCAGCCUCAACCUGUCCGCCGACAUCUCUCUGGACUCGGGCCGAGCUGGGAUAGCAACUCCCUCUCAGGAUUCAGAGAUUCUGGAAGGCGGGACGGCCAGAGACAAUCCAUCAUGUGACCUGUCCACAGAUGCAGAUGUAUCUGAAGCCACAGUGAAUGGAGAGGUGAAGUCGGACCAGGCCACAAGCUCUCAUAUCCCAUCAAAAGAGAUAGAGCCCCCGGUGGAAAAGACAGAAGAGGCGAUUCAGAUGUCUGAAAGUGGCCCUGUUCUGGAGCAGGUUUCAGUAAGCGACACAGAGAAGCCUGCAUCUAUAUCCAAGCUUCAAACCUCCGAAUGCGGCAUUCAGACAUCGCAGACGGACUUACAAGUGCAAAGCUUUGAUUUGGACCAAACAGCGAAAACGGUUUCCAGUACGGUCAGCUUCGCUCACACCGAGACACAGACGCAGACAGAAUCUCAGAAACCCUUUAAUGAGCCAUCGAGCUCAUGCACUGAAGCCUCCCCGGCUCCUUCUGCGCCCUCAACAGGAAUAAAAAGAGACAUAGCCACUUCCACAGAAGAGCUGCGUGAUCCUGAACCACCUUCGCCUGCGAUCCAACCAACCAAGGAUCUGACAUCCGCACCAACCGCUAAAGCAAAUCCCGUGCAGUAUAUCGUAGAUGCCGAACCCAAACCCAAACCAUCGAAUGAGCUCACCCGUGAAUACAUUCCCAAAGUGGGCAUGACCACCUACACCAUCGUGCCUCAGAAGUCUCUCGAAAAGUUGCGUUUCUUUGAAGUAGAGUUGACUUUGGAGCCUAAUGUAGACUACAAACCUGAAACAAAGACUGUCUCCAAUGGUACAGCUGCUGUUAACGGCCAUCAGAACGUCUUUGCGCAAACUAGUCCUUGUAGUCCUACAGCUACGGCUUCGUCCCCUGUUGAAGGAACCGAAUCUAAUGUCAAAGACAAGAAAGUUCCACCAGCAACAAGACCCAAACCCGCUUCUUUCCGUCUGCCGCAGCACAAACGAACACCUGGGGAUUACGUAACCUCCGCGUCCGUUCGUCGAGCGAGUGUCGGCACUAAUAGUAGCAGCAGCAGUUGUUGUAGCAGUCCUGCAGCCCGGCCUAAAGAAACUGCAAGCAGCCCACAAUCUGAUGUUUUUCCUGCUCUAGACAGCUUCCCUCCUCCACCACCACCGAUCCAAUGUGAAGAUGAGGAGAAUGUAAAAGCGAGCUGUGCACCUCAAACUACAGAGGUGGAUGUAUCUCUACACGAAGCUCCUAAAUUUCCACCGUCGUCUGUACUGUCCCAUCAGAAGAGUCUUCCCACUAACCCCACGCCUUCGCUGAGUCUAGAAAAGCUGAGAAGCUUCGCCGCACCCAAACCAUACUCGCCCACAUCGCCCUCACGCUUCGCUCAGGCUGUGUCUUCUGCCGUGAAGCGGUCACAGUCGCUUUCCCAUCCUCCUCUGGGGCAGUUACCACACACACAUCUACUCACAAAACAAAGAUCCAUUACAGAGUCACCCGAGCCGCCGACAAGCACUGUGACAGACAAUGGAGAAGGACGCACAGAGAGAUCGGGAGAGGCCCCAUCGCAAACAGCAGGCCACAGCUCCACCCGAGACGCAGCCAUGGGAACAUGUAAGAUUGGAAAUACUCAACCGUCACCAGGGUCUGAAGCAUCUUCAGCGGCGUCUCCCACAAUGAAGGGAAUAUCAGAAGUCUUUCAUUCAGUAGAAGAAUGAAAUGUGUCUUUAUUGAUGGAAUCCCAUCUUCAGUCAUUCUCAAACAUUCUGCAGGUCAUAAGAAAAUUACUCGUCUCCAGAUUCAUUAUUUUUAUGCAUAAUCAGGAUUUUUAGGUGUCUUGCAACUUAAACGACUCUCAGUAGUUUUUUAAGUCCAAAUCUGGUCAGAUCUGCACAAAGCGCAGUCUUAUGCUUUCACCUUUACGGUUACUUUUUUUUUUUUGCAUUUUCCUUUUUCUCCAGCUUAGUCAGCCAUUUUUUAAAUUAACCACAACACGACUUAAAUUAUUGGUAAUAUAUAUAUUAGGGCUGUCAAAUGAUUAAUCACGAUUAAUCGCAUACAAAAUACAAGUUUGAGUUUGCCUAAUAUAUGUCUGUGAACUGUGUGUAAUUAUUAUGUGUAUAUAUAAAUACAAACACAAGUAUAUGUAUUUAUUAUAAUUUUUCUAUUAUUUAUUUUAUAUAUAAAUAAAUAUUUUGUACACAACGAACAUAUUUCUCUUAAAUAUAUACAUUAAUUUGUGUGUAUUUAUAUAUACUAAAUAAUUACACACAGUACACACACGUAUAUUAGGCAAACUCAAACUUGUAUUUUGUAUACGAUUAAUCGUGAUUAAUCAUUUGACAGGCCUAAUAUAUAUAUAUAUAUAUAUAUAUAUAUAUUUUUUUUUUUUUUUUGCUAAAUCUAAAAAAAAUAUCUUAAAUGUAUAGUUACCACACAACAUAUCUAAAAAUAUUAAAAAUUAUGAUCUAAAUAUUUUUUGGGCCUUUUUGGGGAGCAGUUAUUAGAUUUGUUGUUUUCUGAUGUGGCACAGACACAUGGAGACGAAUUAUAGCUGUGGAUUUCUUUUAAUUUAUUCUGCACUUGGACAAUUCAUGAUAGUUCAGAGUUUUUUUCUUUAAUAUGUUACACUCUUUUCCCCUUUUAAUAAAUGUAACAGAUUCUAUUAAUGUUAUCAUAUUUUAAAAUGAGUAUUUUUGGUUUGCUUUGUGACGUAUAAAUUACAUGAAAUGUGUAUGUACAGUAUGCAGAUGUGAAAAAAAAAUGCUCCGAUUUAUUUCAAGGCCUUUUUUGUUUAAAUUAUUAGGCGUAGAUUUGAUUUAUGUAAUUAUUAGCCUAUGGUACUGAAACUUCUUCAGUCACACAAACCCAUCCCUUCCCUUGCCAAACGUUAGUACACAGUGUAUCGCUGUUAAUUAUGGGCUGCAGGUGUAAUAUGUUAAAAUAAUAAUGAGUUAUGACAUUGAACGUUUCUGGAGCCCACAACAACAAAUGAUUAAUUAAAACUGUUGCUAAGACAGAAAACACUGGGCUUUUCAUUCAUUUUGAGGAGAAAACUGCUGUAUCAUAUGAACUCAACUCUCCUCUCUUUUCUGUAUUAAAGACUUUUAAAGUUUG